CUCGAAAAAAAAAAACAAUUCUCUCUCUCUCUCUCUGGGAAUUUCUAAUUUAUAUUUUAUUUUACAACAAAAAUUCUUUUUUUUAAAACAAAAUUAAUAUAUUUUCCGUUACAGUCUCGAAAAUCGGUCAAAAUUCUCGUCAGAAGCAUUUAUGACCGUCGGAUCAAGCUCGUGAUCUGUGACGACGACAUUAUUUUUUCUACUGGUUUUUUUUCAAGUCGCUUGCUGAUUGUAAUGCGGGUUUGGAUUAGGUGCGCGCGGCUAAAAUUUUCCCUGUUAUUGAAAUUGUGGAUCUGAAAAUCAGAUCAUUGGCGGCGGAUCCUUGAUUCUUCGUGUGGAAGCGUAGAUGUCGGGGCCACUCGAUCGAUUCGCUAGACCUUGCUUUGAGGGGUUUUCAGGUAGUGAUGAGAGAAGAGAGAGGAAAUCUGAUUUUGAGAACUCCGAGGAUGAAAGACGCACUAAAAUUGGAUCAUUGAAGAAGAAAGCAAUAAAUGCAUCUACUAGAUUUAAGCAUUCUCUCAAAAAGAAGAGUAGUAGAAGGAAAAGUGAUGGCCGUGUUAGCUCUGUAUCCAUUGAAGAUGUUCGUGAUGUUGAGGAGCUACAGGCUGUUGAUCAAUUUCGACAAGCACUGAUUAUGGACGAACUGCUUCCUGAAAAACAUGAUGACUAUCACAUGAUGUUGAGGUUCCUGAAAGCAAGGAAGUUUGAUAUAGAGAAGGCUAAGCACAUGUGGGCAGAUAUGCUCCAAUGGAGGAAAGAGUUUGGUGCCGACACUAUCACGGAGGAUUUUGAGUUCAACGAGUUGAAUGAGGUUCUAAGGUAUUACCCUCAUGGUCAUCAUGGUGUUGAUAAGGAGGGAAGACCUGUGUAUAUUGAAAGGUUGGGAAAAGUUGAUCCCAACAAACUCAUGCAAGUUACCACUAUGGACCGAUAUGUAAAAUACCAUGUCCGUGAGUUUGAGAAGGCCUUCACUGUGAAGUUUCCUGCAUGUACAAUUGCUGCAAAAAGACACAUAGAUUCAAGCACAACAAUUUUAGAUGUGCUUGGUGUGGGCUUUAAGAAUUUUACCAAGUCUGCAAGGGACCUGAUUAUGCGACUACAAAAGAUUGACGGUGACAAUUACCCUGAGACUCUUCAUCAAAUGUUUAUCAUCAAUGCUGGACCUGGGUUUAGGCUGCUUUGGAACACCGUGAAGACGUUUCUAGACCCCAAGACAACUUCCAAGAUACAUGUUCUUGGAAACAAAUACCAGAACAAAUUGCUUGAGAUUAUUGAUGCCAGCGAGUUGCCAGAAUUUCUGGGUGGUAGCUGUACAUGUGCAGAUCAGGGAGGUUGCCUUCGCUCCGAUAAGGGGCCUUGGAAAAAUCCAGAAAUCGUGAAGAUGGUUGUUAACGGCGAGGCACGAUGUGCUAGACAAGUUGUAAAAGUUUUAAGUAGUGAAGGGAAAGUUAUUGCUUAUGCUAAGCCACAGUUUCCAAUGUUAAGAGGUAGUGAUACUUCUACUGCAGAAUCUGGAUCUGAAGCUGAAGAUAUUGCAUCACCAAAAGCAAUGAAGAGUUAUUCUUCACUCCGGCUGACUCCUGUUCGUGAAGAAGCUAAGGUCAUUGGUAAAACAAGCUAUGCCGGUAGCUUCAAAGGCUAUGAUGAGUAUGUUCCCAUGGUUGACAAAGCUGUUGACUCGAGUUGGAUGAAACAAACUUCCCUUCAGAGGUUGUCUGCUUCCAAAGAUACGUUAAAGUUGCCUGAAACUCCCAAGACCCCAGAAGGAAUUGUAUCUCAGAUUUUGUUGACUAUUUUGUCUUUCUUCAUGAUGAUUUACACUAUCCUCCACACGGCAGCACGCCGUAUAACUAAAAAGCUUCCUGACACAGUUUCUGAUCAUUGUCAAAAUGUUACUAAACUUACCUCUGAUGCGACUCAACAAGCUGAGUCUCGUCCACCGUCUCCGAUCCCUCCUUUUACACAGGCUGAUCUUUUAUCCUCUGUUCUCAAAAGAUUGGGUGAACUUGAGGAGAAAGUUAAUAUACUACAAGCAAAGCCAUCUGAGAUGCCUUACGAGAAAGAGGAAUUGUUGAAUGCUGCCGUAUGUCGUGUUGAUGCCCUAGAAGCAGAGCUGAUUGCUACCAAGCAGGCACUUUACAAUGCUUUGAUGAGACAUGAAGAAUUGCUUGCUGAAAUUGACCGUCAAGAGAAAGCCAAUUUUCUGAAACUGCAGAAAAAGAAGUUUUGCUGGUGAUGCUUUUGCUGCUGAUGGAGAGCUUACAAAAACCACUAAUCUAUCGUCAAUCUGUUUCCACUUCACUGGUUAUAUCGAUCUUGUGGAGGUUAUACGUCUUUAACCAACGUAUUUGCCAUUCCGAGUACAAAUCAUUCUGCACAGAAAUGCACAAAAACUGUAAUCGAACUCUGUUAACUUAUUUAAAUUCCCUUCUUUUUUUUUUCAGUUUAAUGUUUGAUUUGCUGCACUUCUUAAAUAUUAAGGUUGUUUCGUA